CUCCUGAGGAUUCUCCGCCAAAUGCACGAAAUAUACCAACAGCAAAUAUUAUUCCACCUCAACUUAUAACAACAGCGAUUGCGACAACUGGAAGCAUAACGUUACCUAUUAAGCCACCACCGCAACCGACGUAUGAACCACUUUCAGACGAUGAUGAUUGA